CACAUAUACUUGCCCCUGAUUGGAUGUGGUUUCACCCGACCGCAGGCCGGUUUGGCCGUAUUCUUUAUCAGCGCCCUACUUCACGAAUUCCUCAUUUCUGUUCCCUUGAAAAUGCCCCGAAUGUGGGCAUUUCUAUGCAUGUUCGGUCAGAUGCCAUAUGCGCAUUUGGUGCAUUGGAUGUUUCCCCAUGGUGGAGCUUGGGGCAACUUAGCUGUUUGGAUCACACUGAUUAUCGGACAACCGCUGGCCAUGCUGUUCUAUUUCCACGACUACUAUCUCGCACAUUAUGUCACGUGA